AUGUCCCAAAACGCCUCACAAAGCUCCCUGGGAGCACCUGCAGAGAUCGUGCCUUCAACCCCACUCCGCCGGGCCACUUUGUCCCCGUCGCCAGAGCUGAGUGAUAUGGCAAAGCGUCCAUCGUCUCAGUCGGAUAAGAAGUUCCUUUCACCCCCGCCGUUGUCGUCAUCAGAUAUGACGCCUCCACCCUCAUCUCAGAUCCCAGGGGCCCCGCUGCGUUCUCGCUCACACUCGCGCUCCUUGAGCCCUGCGUUCGUGAAACCAACCGAUAUGGACAAGUCGUUGUGCGAUGCCUACGGCGCCUCCGAGAACCUGCCCACCGUGGAGGAAAUCGACAACGCCAGCGAGACCCAACUGCGCACUAUUGCUAAGGACCUUUUAGCCGUGGCCCGAGAUUCGCGCAUGUCUGCGCUGCACUUCAAACUGCAGAACAGCUUGGUCUCUUUCGCUAGCAAUGAAGCCGUCAAGCGUGCCGAGGUGGAGCAUCAGCUCGCCAAGCGUGAAGUUGAGAUUAUCCAGAGCGCCGAGUACCGCAGUCGCUCGCGCCCCGCGGAACCCACCACGCCCAAGCAACCCCAGUCGGCCCUGAACUCCGAUUAUCUCUCGGCUGUUCAGCGCUCGCAGGAACUAGAAGAACUCAAUGCCGUUCUAGACCGAAGACUUCGAAAGGCGAAGCGCGCCAUCGAUGAAGCUACUAGUCGGUCUAUGGACCUUGAGGAGCAGAACCUCAUGCUCAAGCGCCGCAUUGGUGACAACCGCAAGCACUUUUCUCAGAUCUUCAAUUACGGCAGUAUGUCGCCGGGCACUCAGAAUGAUAUACACAAUAUCUGCCAUGGUGAACACGCAGACGGUCUUGCCGCUCUUCUCUACGCCGAUAAACUCACCAAUCAAACGCACGCUUAUGGUGCCCACUCUGCAACCUCCGUCCCCGUCACCCCGAACCACUCGAAGAGCCAGUACCUCACACCAAUUGGGCAUCCAAGAGAGGACCACUAUGAUACCGACAGCACCGUAUCCCUCUCAGCCUCGGAGGCCGCAGAAGAGUCUCUGGGCUCCCCGCACCACAUGCGCUCCACUGUCCCAAAGAGCAGCACAUUGCUUCAGACAAAGUUGUUUGGCCAGGUGCAGAAACCCGGUGUGGAGCGAUCUCGUGCUGGCAAGCGCAAGGCAGCCAGUGAUGCGAACGUUGCCGCCGUGAAGAAGUCCAGAACUACGAAUGGUAUUGGCCUGGGCAUCAAUGCUUGA